AUGGCACCUCCUGCCCUCGCCCCGCCCAUCUCUAUCCCCGCCCGGACCCAGCCUGACCCCGGCCUGCCAAAGUGGGAAAAGAUCCUAUGGAGGAAGCAGCCGUAUGCGGACAACUAUGUCCCGCCUGACUUCCUUGCGGAACUCGAUGAUAUAGGCAAAAUAAAAGUGCCACGUCCGAGACCGUCCUUUCCAGCGCUCCUCUUUGCGGCACUACCCAUAACCCAGCAUAUCUCGACAAUCGCCAUCUUUCUUGCAGUCCUAUCAGCCCUUUUGGAUGGGAGGGUGACCCCAGAAUCUAUUGGAUGGGGAUGUUUUCUGGGAGGGUUGGUGGGGUGGGGUGUAUGGCAGAGAGGGUGGGGACGGUGGAAGCCUCGGGAAGUACAGGACCCUCUGAUACCACCACCAACACCCAUCCGCACACUCAUCCUCCCCCCACUCCUCCUCGCCCUCCUCUCCCCAGUCCUCGGCACACUCACCUCGGCAACCACAUCAGAUUCCAUCUGGCCCCUCGCCGCGGGCCUGGGCUUUGUGCAUUUGCUUUUAUCGGAUUUUAGGACGGGGGAGGAUGUGCGGGUUGUUAGGAGGAGGGAGAGGAAUAGGAAGAGGAGGGGAAGUGUGGGGUGGAAGGAGAUUGGGGAGGAGAAGAGCCUGACUUCGUCCUUGUCGCUGACCUCGGCGCUCUCGGCGUCUGUCGUACUAGCUUCAAGACUACCUUCGAACGCCCAUGUCUUUUCUUUGAUCUUGCUUUCGGUACUGUUCUUUGCCGGCUGGCCAGUCGUCGCCAAAAGCGUGAGGGAAGCAGGUAAAGGCUACUCUCUCGUCCUCACUCUCUCAACAGCGACCCUCGCCCUAUCCCUCAUCCCCUCCGCCCCAACACCAUUCCCCCAAUCCUCGCCUGUACACCCCGCCCUCGCGUCCCUCCCAGCUCUCAUCUUUCUCCUAGUGUUGUUUUUGGUGACUAUGGUGGGACCGGCGAUGUUGUGGUAUGCUUGGAGGUGGAAAGUGCAUAGAGGCGGGGGAUGGGACGUCGCCAAAGUUCGGGUGAGGUCAAAACAAGCUUGA